AUGAGCUGCGCUGAAGUAACUGUGGUACUCGAAGCCAAACCCCCUGCAGGGGAAAAUGGGGGAGGCAGACUUAGUGAAGCACCUGUCUGUGCCACUUGGCUCACGUGUAACCUGUCGUUGUCCUGUCUUACAGAUAACUUCCUUCUCAGUGAUGAAAUCAUAGGCAAUGGUUUUCGCUCCUGUGACAGUGAUGAAGAUGACAGAGCCUCACAUGCCAGUUCUAGUGACUGGACCGCAAGACCACGUAUAGGUCCCUACACUUUUGUUCAGCAGCAUCUCAUGUUAGGUACAGACCCACGGACAAUUCUGAAAGACCUGCUACCAGAAACAAUCCCUCCACCUGAACUGGAUGAUAUGACACUCUGGCAAAUUGUGAUAAACAUUCUUUCGGAACCACCAAAAAGAAAAAAACGAAAAGAUAUUAAUACUAUUGAUGAUGCUGUGAAACUUUUACAAGAAUGCAAAAAAAUAAUGGUCUUGACUGGAGCUGGGGUGUCUGUGUCAUGUGGAAUACCUGACUUUAGAUCAAGAGAUGGCAUCUAUGCACGCCUUGCUGUAGACUUCCCAGACCUUCCCGACCCUCAAGCAAUGUUUGAUAUAGAAUACUUCAGAAAGGAUCCCAGGCCAUUUUUUAAGUUUGCAAAGGAAAUCUACCCAGGACAAUUCCAGCCAUCUCUGUGUCACAAGUUCAUAGCCCUGAUGGAUGAAGAAGGAAAACUACUUCGCAACUAUACUCAGAACAUAGACACAUUGGAACAGGUUGCAGGAAUCCAAAGGAUAAUACAGUGUCAUGGUUCCUUUGCAACAGCUUCCUGCCUGAUCUGUAAAUACAAAGUUGAUUGUGAAGUUGUUAGAGGAGAUAUUUUCAAUCAGAUUGUACCCAGAUGUCCCAGAUGUCCACCUGACGAACCGCUCGCUAUCAUGAAGCCUGACAUAGUGUUCUUUGGGGAGAACCUACCCGAGCAGUUCCACCGCGCCAUGAAGUACGACAAAAAUGAAGUUGAUCUCCUGAUUGUCAUCGGGUCUUCACUGAAAGUAAGGCCAGUAGCAUUGAUUCCAAGUUCCAUCCCCCAUGACGUGCCUCAGAUCUUAAUUAAUAGAGAACCUUUGCCUCAUCUACACUUUGACGUGGAGCUUCUUGGAGACUGCGAUGUUAUUAUUAAUGAAUUAUGUCAAAGGCUAGGCCGUGAAUAUAAAAAACUUUGCUACAACUCAGUAAAACUUUCAGAAAUAACAGAAAAGCCUCCACGAACGCACAAGGAGCUCGAAGUGCACUCAUCUGAGCUACCACCUACCCCUUUAGUCAUUUCUGAAGACUCUAGUUCACCAGAAAGAAUGACUCCACCAGAUACUUCGGUGGUGUCUUCAGAACACCCAGCUGAAUGUAAGGUAGAAAACUGUGAUCCUGCCUCAGAAACUAAAGAGACCUGCACAGAGGAAAAGCUUCAGGACACACAGACAUCCUCAGAGAGCCCUGAAAAUCCUGCUGGUGAAUUAAUGAACUCCGAAACAAUGAAGGAAAAUGGAUCUAACAGUGGAGACAAUAAAGAAAAAAAUGAAAUAUUGAAGAAGUGCUGGGUAAAUAGAUCUGCAAAGGAGCAGAUUAGCAAAAGGCUGGAUGGUACUCAGUAUCUGUUUUUACCACCAAAUCGCUAUAUUUUCCAUGGUGCUGAGGUGUACUCAGAUUCUGAAGACGAUAUCAUAUCUUCUAGCUCUUGUGGGAGUAGUAGUGAAAGUGGUUCAUGUCGCAGUCAGAGCUUAGAUGUGGAGGACGAAAGUGAGAUCGAGGAGUUUUACAAUGGCAUAGAGGAAGAGGAUGCUCCCGAAAGGGAAGAGGAACCUGGGUUUGGGGAAGAUGGAGUUGAACAAGAUGAAUCGGCAGCUGAUGAAUCAGCAUAUGCAAAUGAAGCUGCAGGGACUGACCAUCCAAGCAACAACUUGUAAAAUGAUCAGUGACUGGUUACAGGAACUUUCCACCAGCAUUAGAAGCUUUGGCAUGUCAGAAUGAAUGUUUACGUCUGAGUUUAGAGCAACAAAACCAUAAGGAUGUAGUGUUUAUAAACAACUAAAACAGAUUUUCAUGCUUAGUUUUUUACCUUUUUCAAUAAAAUUCUAUUACUGCGCA